AUGACGAGGACAAAGGGAAAGGCAAGCAAGGUACUCAUUCCCAUUGCAGACGCCAGCCCCAGGAAGCAGAGGAAAGGAGCACAGCCUGUUGAAAGUAAUAUCACCUUGCUGGCCAUCACCCAGAUCAAAGAUCAGGUGAAGCACAAGCACAAGCAUGCACAGGUGACACGCAAAAGCUACAACAGAUAUGUUGCAUGUGGGCAGACAUGGCUGAAGACACACUUCAGCAAUACACCAGAUACAAGCGGCAGCAUGGCAAAAGAGCAGGACAGGGAGUCAUUGGAAUCACUCAUGGUUGCAGUCGGUGACGCUUACGAGGACCCAGCAUUUAGGGAAGCACUUGAAAAGACGCCUAACAGGCACUCAGAUAAGGCACUUGCACUCUUGAUUUCAUACAAAUGCUUUCAUGAGGACUGCAGGAUGAGUCCAUGCGAGGGCCUCUCAGCAGCAUUCAAGAAGCUCUGGGAAGAAGUGGAUGGAGACACCUUCUGUGGCAAGUGGCAUUACAAUGAUGCCCACCAGCGCUGGGAAGGCAAUCCCGUAUGUUCGGCAGAGGUGCAAGAUAUAAUCAAGUCUGUCAGGCACAAAACCAACAGUGACGGAGGGGAGAGAACACACUCGGUUGCAAUGUCCAAGAGCUACAUGGACCGGAUCCUUGCAUGGACUGACACAGUCUGCCCACAACUGACCUACAUCAGUCUCGUCAGAGUGAUCAUCACUGGCUGUGACUCCAAAUUUGCGGAGAAAAACCUCACCCUGGAAUCCUGGACACUGUACACAAAGAUUUUGAUGAACAUGGCAUUUAGCACCAUGGCCUGGAACCUUUGGAUGAGGAAAGACCUCACCAUUGAUCAUUCAGAAGUUGCCGCAGUGAUCAAUAAGUACCUUAAUGGUGAAACUCUGUCAGCAAAGGACCUCCAUGCCCAUUUCAAGGUCUUCCUGUCAAACCGCAAAGGCUGGCAACGAAAGGUAGACAAGGGUGUAUCUAAUCUGCACUGCAACCACUACAACCUGUACCCACAGCCCAACAUGCCAUCCUGUGACUGUUUUUUCUGGCUCCUCCUAUGGCUUAUAUUCCUUGAGUUCAUUCACUAUGGCCGACCGCUCGACCCUGAGGAUUACGUCUUCCCCACCAUGAGCACAAACGGCAUUGUGCAGCCUCAUGAGCACAUCUCACAUGAUGCAGUACAAGGAUGGAUCAACGAAGCGACAACAGCAGCUGGAAUACCUCAUGGACCUGGCAACAGCUUUACCACUCACACUUACAGAUGUGGUGGCGCACAGUGGCGCUGGAUGUUUGCGCCCAUUGGCCAGCACUGGACAUUAGCAAGGGUUCGGUGGUGGGGAUCUUGGGCAGAGAACGAGAAUCAUGACACGCUGAUCCGCUACUUACUCGACAAGCUGCACUCAUAUGAGAGUGAGCACAGUGACACCUUGUGCCCCACUCAGCGUGAAGUUGAUGGAUCACUAAUCAGUGAACACACCCUUACGAAGCCGGCAUGCACACAAGACCUGCUGUUGAUGCAGGAUUCAAUCACGGUUGAUGUUGCAGGGCUUCAGAGUGAUGUCUGCCAUCUCGCAACUGCCCUUACUCAUGGUGAAAGUGCAAUGGUUCACACUGGCAGCGCUGGCAGCUUCACCAUCCCACAACCAUCAGCGCAGCCACACCUGUCCCUUACUUCCUUCCACAGUGCAAUGCCUUCGCCACCAUCUGUCAGACCAGCUGACCAUAGUCAGCUGGUCACCACAUCUGUUCCCUCCAGUGCCCCAAUCCAAGCACUCAGCCAGAUCACAAAUAGCGGCACUGACAGUGUCCGCCAACUCCCCGAACAGGGUCUUGUGAUCCCUGCUGUCCCAGCACAGCGUGCUGAUGGGAACUACCCGCCCAGGAAGGAAUCCUGGAGGCAGAUUGUCCAGCACUGGUUGGAGGGUGAUCCCGCGCAUGGCUUGCUCCUCCCCCUUCGAGACUGGGCAAGAACAAGGCCCUCUUUGCCUCCAAGUAUAAGCAGCGCGCUACGCCACAGAUACAAUGGCAAUCAAUCCUUGUUCCUGGCUGCCUAUCCAGAGGCCAAUGAAGGCCAUAUGGGCCUCCUACACGCGAUCAACCAUGCCAGGAAAAUGCAUGGGGAACUCCUCCCCCAAAACACUCCCUCUUCUUCCUUCUUUCUCACACUCACACUCACACUCACCUUCUCUCUCUCACUCGCACUCACACACUCGCACUUCCCACUUCGCACUCAGACUACUCCACGGACACUCACUUCAACAAAAUACAAUCGUCUCUAA